UUCCCAGAACUCUCCAGAUUCUCUCUCACUUCACGGGACAACCCGUAUAAAUUCCAAUCCCCAUCACCAGUGUUCUUCAGAUUAUACCAUAUUCGCUCUAAGCAAUUUCAUCUCUUCCAUUAGCAUUCACAGCCCUCUGUUCUCCAAUUCUUUUCUCGAAUUCUUUCUCCACCUGUUAGUUCUUGAACUUCGUUUGUAAAUCGUCGUUAAUGGCGGGAAAGGGCGAGGGUCCGGCCAUUGGUAUCGAUCUCGGUACGACUUACUCGUGUGUUGGAGUAUGGCAGCACGAUCGUGUUGAGAUUAUUGCGAAUGAUCAGGGGAAUCGAACGACGCCGUCUUAUGUUGGUUUCACCGAUAGCGAGCGUCUCAUCGGCGAUGCUGCUAAGAACCAGGUCGCUAUGAAUCCCAUCAACACUGUCUUCGAUGCGAAACGGUUGAUUGGAAGGAGAUUUUCCGACCCCUCGGUCCAGAGCGAUAUGAAAUUGUGGCCGUUCAAGGUCAUCGCCGGUCCAGGUGACAAACCGAUGAUCGUCGUCAACUAUAAAGGCGAAGAGAAGCAAUUUGCCGCUGAAGAAAUCUCAUCCAUGGUCCUCACCAAAAUGCGUGAGAUAGCUGAAGCUUACCUCGGCUCGUCUAUCAAGAACGCGGUCGUCACCGUUCCUGCCUACUUCAAUGACUCCCAGCGUCAGGCCACAAAAGAUGCCGGAGUCAUUGCCGGCCUUAAUGUCAUGAGGAUCAUUAACGAGCCUACAGCUGCAGCCAUUGCAUAUGGACUCGACAAAAAGGCGACCAGCGUUGGCGAGAAGAAUGUACUGAUAUUUGAUCUGGGUGGAGGAACAUUUGAUGUCUCCCUCCUCACAAUUGAGGAAGGUAUUUUUGAGGUGAAGGCAACGGCCGGUGACACUCAUCUUGGAGGUGAGGACUUCGACAACAGAUUGGUUAACCACUUCGUUCAAGAAUUCAAGAGGAAGAAUAAGAAGGACAUCAGUGGAAACCCGAGGGCUCUCAGGAGAUUGAGGACUGCUUGUGAGAGGGCCAAGAGGACCCUUUCAUCCACCGCUCAAACUACAAUCGAGAUUGAUUCUUUGUACGAGGGAAUCGAUUUCUACACAACCAUCACUCGUGCUAGGUUUGAGGAGCUCAACAUGGACCUGUUCAGGAAGUGUAUGGAGCCAGUUGAGAAGUGUUUGAGAGAUGCAAAGAUGGACAAAAGCAGUGUCCAUGAUGUUGUCCUUGUUGGUGGCUCUACGAGGAUUCCUAAGGUGCAGCAGCUAUUGCAGGAUUUCUUCAAUGGCAAGGAACUGUGCAAGAGUAUCAAUCCUGAUGAGGCAGUUGCUUACGGGGCUGCAGUUCAAGCUGCCAUAUUGUGUGGUGAAGGAAAUGAGAAAGUUCAGGAUCUUCUGCUUCUGGAUGUCACUCCUCUGUCCCUUGGUUUGGAGACUGCUGGAGGUGUGAUGACAGUUUUGAUCCCCAGGAAUACCACCAUACCCACCAAGAAGGAGCAAGUCUUCUCCACAUACUCAGAUAACCAACCCGGUGUUCUCAUUCAGGUCUAUGAGGGUGAAAGGACGAGAACCCGAGAUAACAAUUUGUUGGGCAAGUUCGAGCUUUCUGGCAUUCCUCCAGCUCCGAGAGGUGUUCCCCAGAUCAACGUUUGCUUCGACAUUGAUGCCAAUGGUAUCCUUAAUGUUUCUGCAGAGGACAAGACCACCGGACAGAAGAACAAGAUCACCAUUACCAACGACAAAGGAAGGUUGUCGAAAGAGGAGAUCGAGAAACUGGUUCAGGAAGCAGAAAAAUUCAAGGCCGAGGACGAGGAACACAAGAAGAAAGUCGAAUCGAAAAACACCUUGGAGAACUACGCAUACAACAUGAGGAACACCAUCAGAGAUGAGAAGAUAGGCGGUAAACUUGCCCCAGCAGAUAAGAAGAAGAUUGAAGAUGCAGUUGAACAGGCUAUUCAGUGGCUGGACAGCAACCAGCUUGCCGAGUCGGAUGAAUUUGAAGACAAGAUGAAGGAACUUGAGUCACUCUGCAACCCCAUCAUAGCAAAGAUGUAUCAAGGUGCUGGUGGCGACAUGGGCGGCGCAAUGGAUGAUGAUGCUCCUCCUUCUGGCGGCAGUGGCGCUGGUCCUAAAAUUGAAGAAGUUGAUUAAACUGAACGUCUUCUAUUUUCUUUCCUUCGAAUUGCUCAAGCUUUCAACUAUUCUGAGAUUGUAAUUCGCGUUUUGAUAUAAGCUUGGCUUUCUGGUUUUUCAAUGUAUUGUAAUUUUUAUAUGUUGUGUUCAAGUAUAUUUUUCACCUACAACAGCUCUCUUUAGUAGUAAAUUACUCCCAAUUUUACUACC